UGUGUUGGUGUGUGUGUGUGACUGUAUGUUGGUGUGUGUGUGACUCGCUCACCCGCUGCCGCUCCGGCAGUGCUUCACCUCGGCUCCGCCCCCAAACUCGAGGCCCAGGCUUCAGUCUCACCGACUAGGCCGCGGUAAACAGAGGUGCGGGCGCGCGUGCGAGCGCACGCGCACGUGAAUGAAUGAAAAUGCUGCCAGUUUAUCAGCCACUGGACAGAGACCCCAGCCUGCUCCGGCUCAGGUUCACCAGCUUCGCUGUGGGCACCGUCAUGUGCCCUCUCUUUGGCUUUCUCUUCUGCGUCAUCUGGUCCUUGCUCUUUCACUUCGAGUCCACCACGGGCACGCACUGCAGGGUCCCCAACUACUUGCCGUCAAUCAGUGCUGCGAUUGGUGGCGAGACCCCUCAGCGCUAUGUGUGGCGGCUGUGUGUGGGGCUGCACUCAGCCCCGCGGUUCCUGGUGGCUGUUGCGUACUGGAACCAUUACCGUCGCUGUUCCCCGAGCGGCAUAAGUCACUACCCGGUGCUGUGUCUCCUGACACUGAUUCUCAACCUGACCGAGAACUCCUCUCUCCUCCUCCUCACCUUCAUCUCAUCCAGCGAGAACCACUGGGCUCACGAGAAAGCGUUCAUCCUAUUUAUGGCGUCAGCACUUCUACACAUGUUGUUGACCUGCAGAAUCUGGUGUGUGAGCAGGAGAAACACAGUAAGUCCUGAGUCAUCAGACUCCACCACUGUCAAGCACUCCAGGACGCUACCACGCUGCUUGGUGUUAUCUUCCAGGUUGGGCAACCUGGUGGAUAACACAAUGAGUGCUCUCCCCACUCUGCGCCACCUCUAG